GAGGUCAGCGCGCCGUUAGGACUGGUAUUUGAAAAGGAGAGCCGCCUGACAGCAGAGAGCUGAAAUUGUUGAGGAUCUGCGGAUUCAGACUUUAUCUGAAAAUUAAAAUAUAAAGCUUUAUUAGCCCGGAAGGUAACCAUGGAAUUAAAUGAAGCCAACCUGCAGACGCUCACAGAGUUCUUGAGGAAGACCUUAGACCCUGAUCCCACAGUCAGACGUCCAGCGGAAAAGUUCCUUGAGUCUGUGGAAGGGAACCAGAACUACCCCAUUCUGCUCCUCACGCUGCUGGAGAAGUCCCAGGAUAAUGUCAUCCGAGUGUGUGCUGCCGUGACCUUUAAAAACUACAUCAAGAGAAACUGGCGCUGUGUAGAAGAUGAACCCAACAAAAUUUCAGAUGCAGACCGGACGGCAAUUAAAGCAAACAUUGUGAAUUUGAUGCUUAGCAGCCCAGAACAGAUUCAGAAACAGCUCAGUGACGCUAUCAGCAUUAUUGGGAGAGAAGACUUUCCUCAGAAGUGGCCUGAUCUCCUGACUGAAAUGGUCAACCGGUUUCAGAGCGGUGACUUUCACAUCAUUAACGGAGUCCUGCGGACAGCCCAUUCACUUUUCAAAAGGUAUCGGCAUGAGUUUAAGUCAAAUGAGUUGUGGCUUGAAAUUAAACUUGUGCUGGACACUUUUGCACAGCCUUUGACAGAACUUUUCAAGGCCACCAUUGAGCUCUGUCAGACUCAUGCCAGUGAUGUGAAUGCCCUGAAGAUUCUCUUCUCUUCCCUGACUCUGAUCUCCAAGUUGUUUUACAGCUUAAACUUCCAGGAUCUUCCAGAGUUUUUCGAAGACAACAUGGAAACAUGGAUGACAAACUUCCACAAUUUACUGACUUUGGAUAACAAACUGCUUCAAACUGAUGAUGAAGAGGAAGCAGGCCUGCUUGAGCUGUUGAAGUCUCAGAUCUGUGAUAAUGCUGCUCUUUAUGCCCAAAAAUACGAUGAGGAAUUCCAGCCCUACCUGCCACGCUUUGUCACAGACAUCUGGAACCUGCUGGUCACCACUGGCCAGGAAGUCAAAUACGAUCUGUUGGUGAGCAAUGCCAUUCAGUUCCUGGCGUCAGUCUGUGAGAGACCUCAUUAUAAGCAUUUGUUUGAAGACCAGAACACUCUGACCAGCAUUUGUGAAAAGGUUAUUGUGCCCAACAUGGAAUUCAGAACUGCUGACGAGGAGGCUUUUGAGGACAAUUCUGAGGAGUACAUAAGGAGAGAUCUGGAGGGAUCAGACAUUGACACGAGGCGUAGGGCAGCCUGUGACCUAGUGAGGGGUCUCUGCAAGUUCUUUGAAGGGCCAGUGACGGCCAUCUUUUCUGGCUAUGUGAACUCCAUGCUCACCGAGUACGCCAAGAACCCUCGUGUGAACUGGAAGCACAAAGAUGCCGCUAUUUACCUGGUCACCUCCCUGGCCUCCAAAGCACAGACGCAGAAGCAUGGAAUAACACAAGCUAAUGAGCUGGUGAACCUGUCAGAAUUCUUUGUGAAUCAUAUUCUACCUGAUUUGAAGUCACCCAAUGUGAAUGAGUUUCCAGUGUUAAAGGCCGAUGCUAUCAAAUAUGUCAUGAUAUUCAGGAGUCAGCUUCCCAAAGAGCAGCUGCUGCAGGCCAUCCCACUCCUGGUGAAUUAUCUUCAGGCAGAGAGCAUUGUGGCUCACACAUACACUGCACAUGCCCUGGAGAGGCUGUUCACGAUGAGAGGACCCAAUAACACUACACUUAUCACUGCUGCAGAAAUGGCACCAUUUACAGAGCAGUUGCUAAACAACCUCUUCAAAGCACUGGCAUUGCCUGGUUCUUCUGAGAAUGAGUAUAUCAUGAAAGCUAUCAUGAGGAGCUUCUCUCUUCUCCAGGAGGCCAUUGUCCCUUAUAUCCCCACUCUCAUCAGCCAGCUGACACAGAAACUUCUCGUGGUCAGCAAGAACCCGAGCAAGCCACACUUUAACCACUAUCUCUUUGAGUCCCUUUGCCUGUCGGUGAGAAUAACCUGCAAAGCCAACCCCACCACAGUCAGCAGCUUUGAAGAGGCACUCUUCCCUGUGUUUACAGAGAUCCUGCAGAAUGAUGUGCAAGAAUUUGUUCCCUACGUGUUCCAAGUGAUGUCUCUUCUGUUAGAGAUGCACUCCUCUGCCAUCCCCUCCUCCUACAUGGCGCUGUUCCCUCAUCUUCUGCAGCCUGUGCUGUGGGAGCGCACAGGAAACAUCCCCCCUCUCGUCAGGCUUUUGCAGGCCUACUUGCACAAAGGGGGAUCCACCAUUGCUAGUACUGCAGCAGACAAGAUUCCUGGUUUGUUGGGAGUGUUCCAGAAGCUGAUUGCAUCCAAAGCAAAUGACCACCAGGGCUUUUACCUCCUCAACAGUAUCAUAGAGCACAUGCCAGUAGAAUCCAUUACACAGUAUAGGAAACAAAUCUUUAUCCUCCUCUUCCAGCGGCUUCAGAAUUCAAAAACGACUAAAUUCAUCAAAAGUUUCCUAGUGUUUAUCAAUCUGUAUUGUGUGAAGUACGGAGCCAUCGCUCUUCAGGAGAUCUUUGACAGCAUACAGCCCAAGAUGUUUGGGAUGGUCUUGGAGAAGAUUGUUAUUCCAGAAGUACAGAAGGUCUCUGGCCAGAUUGAAAAGAAGAUCUGUGCUGUAGGCAUCACUAAAAUACUGACAGAAUGCCCGGCCAUGAUGGACACAGACUAUACAAAGCUCUGGACUCCUUUGCUGCAAGCCCUGAUUGGUCUGUUUGAGCUGCCAGAAGAUGACAGCAUCCCUGAUGAUGAGCACUUCAUUGACAUUGAGGAUACACCUGGAUACCAGACUGCUUUCUCCCAGCUGGCUUUCGCAGGGAAGAAAGAGCAUGACCCCAUCGGAGAUGCCGUCAGCAAUCCCAAAAUCCACCUUGCACAGUCUCUCCACAAGCUGUCCACAGCGUGCCCAGGAAGGGUUCCCUCUAUGCUGAGCACAAGCCUGAAUGCUGAAGCACUACAGUUCUUGCAAGGCUAUCUCCAAGCAGCAAGUGUCCAGCUCGUGUAAGACUUAGGACCCUGAAAUCAAAUCAUUGAAAACCUGCUGAGGACAAUAAGGCCAGGAUGAGAAUUACAGAAGGUCGCAGGAAUCAUCAGCAAACUUUGUGAACCAAACUCCUUUAUUCUCUCACCAGAUAUUGAUCUUUGACAGAAACUUUUAAGGAUUUUAAUUUGGCAUUUCCAAAAAUAUCAUGAAUUGUCUUUAAGGUAAAAGUUGCAAAUGUUGUGAUCUAGAAACUCAUACAGUGAAGUUUUACAGACCUCAUUGGGACAGCUCUCGCAUAUAAGUUUCUUUGGACUGUUGUAAAAGCAUUUUCUGUUACUAGUAUCAUUUUCUUUGUGUAAAAGAAGGUAGGCAGUUGAGUUUUCACUAACCUUCUGUUACAUGCUAGAAAAGCUUUGUAGGAACUUUUUUCAAGGGGGAUUUCUUCAAAUGCUAGUCAGAAUACCUUUUCAUGUAUAACUACAUGAAAUCUUAUCAGUUUGCAAAGGAAUAGAGAAACAUGUUAAUCCUGUGUAUGAGCUAUGAGUUCAAACAGAUCGCAGUUGUCUUCUGGCCGUGCAACACCCUUGUUCCCAUCCUGCAAAUCCACGAGAGGACUGUGUUCAUUUCAAAUCUUCUUUUGCAGUUUUACUGUAGAUCAGAGUUUUCUGAGAGCUCUUUGACAGCAGCAUUUUUUUUAUGCUUCCACCAUUCUUCUAAACCAUUUGUAUCUUGUAUGUCUUUAUUUAUGUCUUGUCUCUUUAGUUUCUCAUGUUCCAAAUGUGAAUAAAUAAAAAGCACUUGUGUAUAUUCA